AUGACAGAACCACAAGGUUUUGAUCCCACAAAGUUUAAAUUAAUUACACGAAAUGUUCUUACAGAAUACAAAGAAUUACCAAAUGAUUUAGCACGUGUUCAACGAUCAAUGAAAGAAGAAGAUCAUCCAUUUGCACAAGCACGAGAAUAUAAACGAGCACUAAAUGCAACAAAAUUAGAUAAAAUAUUUGCUAAACCAUUUAUAGGGAAUUUAGCAGGACAUCCAGAUGGAGUAACAUGUAUAACUCGAACAGGAAAUGAAAUAUCAUAUAUGGCAAGUGGAGGAUAUGAUGGAGAAGUAAGAGUAUGGAAUGUUGGAACAAAACAAUGUUUGUAUACUAUUCAAGCACAUGACACAGUUUGUAAAGGAAUUAGUGUUUCUACAACAAAAAUACCAUAUAUUGUUACAUGUUCAACAGAUCAUACAUGUAAAUUAUGGCCAUUAUCAAUUUCUACAGAAGAAGAUAGUAAACCAGCAAAAGUAAAUGCACCAUUAAUGACAUAUAAUCAUGAAAUACCAUUUUCAUGUAUUGAUACAAGAAGGGAAACAGAAGAUUUUUGUACAGGAACAAGUGAAGGACUUGAUUUAUGGACAUUUAGUCGAAAUGAGAUUGUACAACAUUAUGAUACAGAAACAGAUGGAGUUUUAGGAUGUAAGAUUAGUCCAACAGAAAAUAAUGUUGUUGGAAUAACAGGAGGAAAUCGAAGUAUUAUAUUAAUUGAUCUUCGAGCAAAUACACCAAUUAAAACAGUUUAUGGAGUAAGAAGAUAUAAUGAUUUAUCAUGGAAUCCACAACAAGUAUAUAUGUUUACUGCAUGUAGUGAUGAUUGGAAUCUUUAUACAUAUGACAUAAGAAGACUUAAUGAAGCACGUACAAUUCAUAAAGGACAUCUUGGACCAGUACUUACAGUUGAUUAUUCACCUACAGGAAGAGAAUUUGCUACAGGGUCAUAUGAUAAAUGUAUUAGAAUUUAUAAUGAAUGGUGUGGAUAUGCAAGAGAUUGUUAUCACACACAAAGAAUGCAAAAAGUGUUUAAUGUUUGUUAUAGUGGAGAUGGUCAUUAUAUAUUUAGUGGGUCUGAUGAAGGAAAUAUUAGAAUAUGGAAAGCAUUUGCAAGUGAAUCAACUAAAAUUAAAGAUAAAAGAGAAAUUGCCAAACUUAAUUAUCUUAAUGGAUUAAAAAAGAAAUAUAAAGACAUGCCAGAAAUUAGAAGAAUAGCAAAUCAUAUUCAUCUUCCUAAAGAAUUAAUGCAUACAAAAACAAUUAGAGAUACAAUGAUUCUUA